GUAAAUAGGCUGAGUAACCGAGAGAAAGAGAGGAGAGAUUAGUGAGAGAGGGGGCUGAGGAGCUUUUCUGCUCUUCCUCCAGCAUUUCCAGCCCUUAGCUGGCAGAGCCUGCUGUCUGUUUAUUUCUUUUUCGUUCCGUUUUUGUUGCUUUUUGAAGGAGAGUAGUCUUGUUCCACCACCUCCAGACCAGGGAAGAAUUUCUUGCUCAGAAGCCCGAAUACAAUGAAUUCUGACUCCAGCUCUGUCUCCAGCAGAGCUUCCUCUCCAGACAUGGAUGAGAUGUACCUGAGAGAUCACCACCAUCACCACCACCAUCACCACCACCAGGACAGCCGGCUCAACUCCGUGUCCUCCACUCAGAACGACCUGGUUCAGAAGAUGUCCGGGGAAGGCCUCUCCAGGAACGGCUCCAAGGCGGGAGGGGAAGGCAGCAAGUACAAAAUCAAGAAACAGCUCUCGGAGCAGGACCUGCAACAACUGCGGCUGAAGAUCAACGGACGGGAGCGUAAGAGGAUGCACGACCUCAACCUUGCCAUGGACGGGCUUCGGGAGGUGAUGCCCUAUGCUCACGGACCUUCUGUAAGAAAACUCUCAAAAAUCGCCACCCUCCUGCUAGCCAGAAAUUAUAUCCUGAUGCUCACCAGCUCCCUGGAGGAGAUGAAGAGGCUGGUGGGGGAAAUCUAUGGGGGGCACCACUCGGCCUUUCACUGCGGCACAGUGGGACACUCCGCUGGGCACCCACCUCACGCCGCCGGCACUGUGCACCAGGUGCAUCCCAUCCUCGGCAGUGCCUUGUCCUCAGCCAACACAUCCUCCUCUCUCUCCGCCUCCCUGCCGGCCAUCGGCACCAUUCGGCCCCCACACUCCCUUCUCAAGACGCCCUCUACCCCUCCCGCCCUGCAGCUCGGCAGCGGCUUCCAACACUGGGCGGGCUUGCCGUGCCCCUGCACCAUCUGCCAGAUGCCCCCCCCGCCUCACCUCUCGGCCCUCACCGCCUCCAACAUGGCCAGGAUCUCGGGGGAGACCAAGGAUCUUCUGAAAUGACUUUGUGGGGCUUCCCAGGGCCCCGGGGGUGCGCCGGCUCUUCCACGAGAGGGGAGGGGGCUGCGGCCGAGCCCCUCCCGAGCCGCCGCCGGACCUACUCCCCACUCUACCAUCCCCCAUCCCCCCCCCCACGGGAUUAGUGUAGUAAGGACCUUGAAAGGUAAUGUCUUAGCCGGCUCCUCGGGCGAUGUUUUCUUAUUAUACUAAACCAGAAAAAAAAAUCCCUGCUGUAAAAAUAAUAAUUAUUAUAAUAAUAAUGAUGAUAAUGCCUCUGAUGGUGAACAAAUGUAAAUAAUUCCUUAAAACGGAUGAAAAAAAAAAAAAAAAAAGGACAUGGUUGUCGUUUUACUGUUAGCAGCUAUUAAGAAACGAUGAGAUCAAUUUGGGGCUUCUUCUCCCUCUUUUUCUGGGCUUUUCCUUUCUUUCCUUUCGCACAGCGACACCUCCGAAACUCCUCGCUCCAAACCCAGCUGCUGCGGCCCGAGGUAGCCCAGCGAACCCACGCCUGCUUUCCGGCGCAACUUCCCACCCGCGGCUUCCCUGGCAACAGGGACUACCGAGUCCAUUCACUAAAGUUUUGUGGGUGGUUUGAGGGAUGGCUUACUUUUUUUUUCUUUCACCCCCUUCUUUUUCUUCCCCCUCCCUCCCCUCCCAAAUUUGGUUCAGAUUCCGCUUUGUUUGUGGCUCUUUUUCUUCUUUCCUCUGUGUCUGUUAAAGCAAUACAACAAACAAACAAAUAAAAACUCCCCAACCCCAAUCAAACAUCCAAAACCCAGUACGAAGAACGGCACAACCCCCCCGGCGGUUCUGUUCUGCCAAAUUUCUCCUCUCCUGCUCCCGGUGAAGUGUGCUGGUUGGGCUGGCUGGGGUCCUAGUCUCUUAUUUAUCUUGUUGACUUUGGGUUUGUUCUGGUUUGCUGCCUUGCUUUAAUUUUUUUUUUCUUUUUCCCCUUUCGGUCUGGUUUGGUUUUGCAUGCGGGGUCGGCUUUUGCCAGAUCAGUGACUUGUGUAACUAAAUCGGAAUCUUUGUUGCUGUUUAUUUGCUUUUCGGUCCGUUUCCCUGGGCGCUUGCUUAAAAUAUCGUUAUUAUCGUUUCGCUUGUUUGUUUUUGAUUAGGGCCUCAGAGACAACACCGUGUCUUUAUUUUUUAUAUAUUCUUGAUAACUAUCGAUAUAUUUA